CUUUUCAGCAGCAAGCUUCUUAUAGAAUUCCUCACGCUGCUUAAAUGCAGGCUUGUGGUAACCAUACCACCAGGCCAAGCCACCAACGGUACCUAAACCAAGAAUCGUAGAGAAAUCAAUGAUUACUUGUCUGCAUCAAACGUUAGAAUUCCCGAUUUUACCAACAAGUUCGUGCUUUUUUGUUCUAAACAAGAUCAAAACAUACCUUUUGAAAAGUCCAGUAAUAGGUCCAACAGCCAUAGUGAAAAAAAAAACACAAAAACUAAGCUUGAAAUUGAAUUGAAAGAGAAGGGGGAAGUUGGUAAGUUUCCUUUUAGCUGGUAUACGAUUUGUCUCCGCCAGUUGGAGACAUAGUGAACUCGAAGGAUCUCCGUAUACCCAAUGGAAAACAAAACAAAUACGCAACAGGUAUUGCUUAAUCCUUGAAAAUUUUGUCUUGGUAUCCUAUUUAUAUCGGUUUUUCAAGAAACUGUUUCACCAUAUGCUUUCUAAUUCUUCCCUUCCUUGAGAACUCUCUAGCUCUUUUGAUUCUUACGGCUACAUAAUCUCAAAAUCAAAAGAAUGACUUGUAUAGAAUAAACUAGCAAAAAUUUCCCGCGAUGGAAUGAUUCAACUCAACUUUAGUAUGUUUGUUUACUACAUUAAGCUGCUGUGCAACUUGACAUAACACGGUGGCGCACGGUAAAAAGUUUAAAAAGUUAUGCUCAAGGUUGCUAUUUGCAAAAACUGAAUUGAGAGACCCAUUCAACGCGAAUUCAAUAUAUAUGAACCUGUUUCUUUUUCAUUCUUGUGAAGAAGAAUCACUUUAUCUUUUUCUCUUUUAAUUUAUUUAUUUUGUCGAUAUAUGAGAUUGUAACGGAAAGCCAAAUCAGUUUAAGACGCGUACCUAGGAAAGCGACAUACAUCAAAGUACGAGACAGCAAAGUGAGCUUCCUCAUCAAGUAUUCUUUCUGUUAAGGGAUAGAGUGCUUCGGUCUAAAACGAGACUCGUGUUAAGUAUCUGCAUUCAUCGUUGUUACAUUUUGACGUAUUAAACGUAUCUCUUUAUCUUUUAGUUAUACAACAUGGAAGCUAUUCUAUACAGUAUUCUACAGCAGAAUGGGUUUGACGGAAUAACGAAAGCUGCUGAACGAAUGUUUUUGGAUGCAAUCGAUAAACAUCUUAAGACUUUAUUUCACGAAUUAGCAAUCCAUACACAAAUCGGAAAACAUAAUGAACCCACUACUGAAGACGUUGCACAUUGGUUCAACUUGAGCAAUAUACCUGUGUCAGGUCUUCGAAAAGAGUUACAAACAGUAUACAAGCCUUUAUCUAAGGACUUCAUCAAAAAUUUGGAAGAAAGAAUUCACAAGUCGGCUGAUAUACCGGAUCGAUUUAAAUCAUCUUUGGAUUCUAGCAUGAUAUCUCACUUGCUGGGUUCUUUGGCUGUUUCUCAAAACCGUCCUAAUUAUGUAGCAAGUCAUUUGCCGCCUUUUCCUGCUUCUCAUACUUAUUUAGCUAGCCCCGUGUACCCAGUGAGACCCACGUCUCCUAGACGGAUACGGGAGCUUGCUACGAAAGAAUCCCGUUUGGCUGAAAAUGCUUUACGAAAGAUCUUAGAUGCCAAUCAACCUCAGGUUAUGAAUUCACCUCGACAAGCCGCUUUUACGAAGGCAUGCCAAGAUUUGCAGUUGGAUAGCAAAUCAUUUCACAUUGUAAAUUGGGAAUCACAGAAAUGGAAUGCUCCAAGAUAAAUGCUCCUAAUCAACCUCUAGUUCUAAUUAUCCAUUCAAUGAUCGCACUUCCUCUAGAUGACCGCGAAUCCUGUGUUUUAUGUUAGAAUUUUCCAAAGAAGAGGACUCGGAUUUACAAGUUGAUUUUCUUUAACAUACUUUCGAAAAAACCGAUGUACCGUUAAGCAAACCACCUUGUUGCUAUCAUUUUCUACUUUCUCGCACAUGUACUGUUUCAUGCAUUUGUAUUUGAAGCUACUGGGUUGUUCCUCUUGUGAUUCGCCAUGUUUUGUCUCAAGAGAAGACACCAUUCCAUUGUUGGAUAAAUUUGCCAUGAAGCUUAUCCUAAAACAUUAACUUUAUCGUUAGCAUAUUUUUUGUAAUGAAUGUUUCUUUUAUGUUCCA